AUAAAUAAAGAACAAUCUCUAGCUAUCAAACAACAACAAUGGCUGAUGAUCCACAAGAUGUAGCGGAUCGUGAGAGGCUUUUCAAGUCGUUCGAUUCAAACGGAGAUGGGAAGAUCUCGGCCGUUGAACUCGGUGAGGCACUCCAGAAGCUGGGGUCCGUCACAUCGGAGGAAGUCAAGCGCAUGAUGGCCGAGAUCGACACCGAUGGUGAUGGUUGCAUUUCGUACCAAGAGUUUGACGAAUUCGCCCGUGCAAAUAAGGGCUUGGUCAAGGAUGUUGCCAAGUUAUUCUAGUUUUUGCUGGUCAAAUAUGUGUUACAUCUGGUGAAGUGUACAUCAGCUGAAUAUCAACCUCUUAAUUCAUCCGCACAUACCCACAUGGAUGUGUGUGUGAAUGAAUAGGCGGAUGGUUUUUCUGAUGAAUGUAUUUCACGCGGUGUAGUAUCUA